AUGGGCCAGUCUACAUCCACCGCCGUCCCUCCUCAGUUCUCUUCUCCUUUGGAUUUGAUCCCUUCUGGUGGUUCUUUGGAGCCCCGGGACCACACGGAGGACAUCCCCGACGAGUGUCUGGCCUACGUCUUCCAAUUCCUCGGCGCGGGGGACCGGAAGCGGUGCUCCCUCGUCUGCAGGAGGUGGUUGCGCGUUGACGGCGAGACGCGGCGGCGUCUCUCCCUCGACGCCCGCCAGGAGAUCUCCUCCGCCAUCCCUUCCCUCUUCGCCCGCUUCGAGUCGGUCACCAAACUCGCCCUCCGCUGCGACCGCCGGAAGGUCAGCCUCGACGACGACGCCCUGGUCGCGAUCUCGAUCCGCUGCCGCAACCUCACCCGCCUGAAGCUCCGGGGCUGCCGCGAGGUCACCGACCACGGCGUGGCUGCCUUCGCCCGCAACUGCUCCAGCCUCACCAAGCUCUCGCUCGCCUCCUGCGCUUUCGGCGCCGAGGGCCUCAACGCGGUUCUGAGCCACUGCACCGGCCUCCAGGAGCUGACGGUUAAGCGGCUCAGGGGACUCCCCGACGGAGGCCAGCCGGUCUUGCCCGGUGCCGCCAGCUUGAAAUCGAUUUGCCUCAAGGAGCUUGUUAAUGGUAAGUGUUUCGAGCCGUUAGUGGCUGGAUCGAAAAACCUCAAGGUUUUGAAGCUAAUUAGGUGUUUGGGAGAUUGGGAUAAAGUGCUUGAGACGAUGGAUGGGAGUGAGUUUUUGACAGAGGUCCAUCUAGAGAGGAUUCAAGUGAGUGAUGUCGCGCUCAAUGCGAUUUCUAAGUGUGUGAAUUUGGAUAUUCUGCAUAUUGUGAAGACCGCGGAUUGUUCCAAUCUGGGGCUUGUUUCUGUUGCCCAGAAUUGCAGGCAGUUGAGGAAGCUUCAUAUCGAUGGGUGGAGGACCAAUAGAAUUGGAGAUGAGGGCUUGAUUGCUGUAGCCAAACAGUGUCCUGAUUUGCAGGAGCUUGUUUUGAUUGGUGUUCAUGCUACACAUUUUAGUUUGUCCGCUAUUGCUGCCAAUUGCAUGAAACUGGAGAGGCUGGCAUUGUGUGGGAGCGGAACUAUUGGUGAUGGGGAGAUUGCGUGUAUAGCAGAGAAAUGCGUGGCCUUGAGGAAGCUCUGCAUCAAGAGUUGUUCGAUUACAGAUAUUGCAAUUGAAGCACUUGCCUGGGGUUGUCCGAAGUUGGUGAAGGUGAAGGUGAAGAAAUGCAAGGGGGUGAGCAAUGAGGCUGUCGAUUGGUUGCUUGUACGGAAGGCGUCACUUGAGGUUAGCUUUGAUGCUACUGGUGUUGAGGCUUUGGAUGCUAGUAGCAGCGAUGUAGGUGGUCAAGAAAGUGGGGCGGAAGUUAUGGAAGUCGGUCACCAGGUAGCUCUUGCUCAUGGUCCGUCGACCGCUGCUGGGAGGUUGGCCAUGCUUAGAGCUAAAUUGGGUGUCUUUGCUAGUCGGAAUUUAGUGGGCUGUGCCUUUAACAGGCGUUUAAACAGUGUCAAACUAUGA